AUGGAUUGGUCUUCAUCGUCUUCUGAUGAGGAGCUCCGAACAGCUCUGCGGCACAACGCCAGAAAUAUGCAGGCUGAGGGACGGGCUGUACCAACUUCCGGACCUCCAAUUACUUUUUACAAUGGCGAAGCUGUGAAGGUACAAUACGGCACUAUCUAUUGUCCCUUUAGAAGAAAGUACUUCCACAUACAUCCGGUAAAAAGAAAUCCGGCGGAGUUUUUUGGUGAUGUAAACGUGAGGCGGAAUAAACGUCGUUGUUUGUCUCCCUCGUCUGUUCAACUGCUGGAUGCGUCUUUUUUUGACGAAACACCUCCUGAAUUCAAAGAAAUUACACUGAAGGAAAUCAAUGAUAAUGGGUUUUAUCUUUUCAACGGUAUUAGGAAAUCCUCCUCUUCUUCGCUUACGACGUUGUAUCCACCACUUUUGCAGGAUUUCAGGUAUUCUCGCGUUGUAUUGAAAAAUCGGUUCAAAGAAUACUUGUUGUCGCCAGUUUGUUUGCGUAGCGAAAAAGAUGGCUGGAAACGAACUACAUACCAACUACCCCCAAAGGGAAUAGUUUCAAGCCUUUUUGACGGCCGUUUUGCUUUCUGUGGCAUGGAUUCUCAGUCGGAGCUGUUUAUUGUGGAAAAUCAUAGGCUAUUGCCUCACUCUAUUAAGAUUCCGGGUGGCACUGAUGAUAUAAUUGGAAUGCACUGUGUUGGUCGUAAUGCCAUGUUCAUUGUAAGGAAAAACCGGCUCCAACAUCUCUCUUGGGAUUCUGAUACUCCGUCAAAUACUGCGGUUUGGGAUUUUUCUCCUGAGGUCAAUGCAAGUUUUUCUUGUUCAUGCACCAAUGCAUUUUCAGAGAAUCAAAGUGCUUAUUGUGUUAUUCUUGCCUGUGGGAGGAGCUUGUUUACUGCCGCCAUGCAUGAGAACACGAUUCAUAAGCCUCAAAAAAUGUGCACUUUUCGUACAACACCGAUUUUAUCGGUUGACACUUUUUCUCUAGGACCUCUCGCUAACCAGGUGGUAGUGUGUGGAAUGAGGAAUGGCACCAUUCAAGCGCAAUCGUUGCAGGAUAUGCGAACUCAUCGUUCCUUUAAUUCUGGUAUUCAACUCAAAGCAGCGUGCAUACCUUACGUUCAUUGUGUGGAAAACAGUUUUAAUUUUGUUUCAGUCUCUAUUAUUGGUGAGAUAAAAUUGUGGGAUAUAAGGUAUAUGAAUAAAAAAGAAGCAGUCUUUGAAAUGGUGAUGGACACAGCUGGUGGCCGCUUUCACGAUAUACAGGCUGCUUUUGUUGAUGACAUUGCUUGCUUUACGAAUUCUACCGGUUGCAUUUCUUGCAUUAACACGAGAAGGUGGCUUGGUCUUGGUCAGUAUCAAAGAGCUGGGGGAAACGAGGGCCGAAUCCAUUUAGUGCGAGGUACAUUUGGAUAUCAAAUACUCGAUGCUGGUAUUUGCAAUACAAUGGCCUAUUUAUUGCAUGUUGUCUACUCAUAUAGCCGUUUUUUACAUAUUUUUUUUCUUUUGUUAUUAGAACUUAUUUUUCAAGAUGUGAGAGCUUUUUGCUGUCAAAAAGAGAUUUCUUUCUUCAUUACUUCUUUUUCUUUACUUUUUGAAGGUUUGCUCCCGGACUGGGUUCAAAAGGGUUCACCAUUACUGGCAUUGAUUCAAAAGGUUCUUGCUGAGUGUAGCUCAAAAAAGUAA